AUGGUUCAUAGAGGUUUUUCAAAAUGUGCUUCUGAAUUACUAUAUGAUACAUUAAUGAAUGAAUUCAAUUCUACAUUUGACAAUCGCAAAUGUUUAAUAUUUACUUGUCAUUCAUUAGGUGGUAGUGUUGCACAUGUAUGUGCCAUAUUCAGUUUAGCUAAUAAAAGUUUUAAAGAAAACCGGCAAAUAUAUAGUAUAGCAUUUGAUACAUCAUUUAUUGACAAUCGUACUGCUGCUGAAAGUUGA